AUGACGGACGACAAACCACACCAGGCCACGUUAGAGAAAGACAAAGACUCCGACGACCUUCGCUCGUUCAACAGCUAUGAUGUGAAGGGGUUGAAACGAGGACUGGCCCCAAGACAUCUUACGUUCAUAUCUAUUGGUGCUUGUAUCGGAACAGGGAUAUUUCUGGGUAUAGGAGGAAGUCUGGCAAAGGGUGGACCAUUAGGCGUGUGGCUUGCAUACUCCCUUAUGUGCACCGUUGCGAUCGCUGUCAUGCUCCUCGUCGGCGAGAUGGUGACUUUUCUUCCAGUACAAGGAGGGCACGUCCGACUCGCAGGCCGAUUUGUCGACCCUGCACUUUCAUGUGCCCUGGGCCUCAAUUAUUAUCUCUGCUGGGUCCUCAUCCUCGCUGCAGAGAUCUCCGCGUCAGCCGUACUCAUCUCGUUCUGGACGACCUCGAUCAACAUCGGAGUAUGGAUAGCGAUUGCUUUAGCUCUCGUUCUGGCCAUCAAUCUAUUCGGCGUCCAGUAUUAUGGAGAGGCGGAAGUCGGCUUUGCGAGCCUCAAGGUCAUCACGAUGCUCGGGCUUAUCAUCCUCUCGAUUAUAUUGGAUGCGGGUGGUGGACCCGACCAUAAACCGAUAGGGUUUCAAUUUUGGAGAAAUCCUGGGCCGUUCGUUCAGCAUCUUGGGAUACCGGGAUCUAAAGGACGCUUUCUCGCUUUCUUUUCCGUUCUCACUCAAGCAGCGUUCACCAUCAGCGGAACCGAAAUUCUUGCCCUCGCAGCCGCCGAAACUCGCAACCCGCGCAAAGUCCUUCCUCAGGCCCUUCGUACCGUCUGGAUCCGCAUCGUCAUCAUCUACUUCCUCGGUUCCUUCGUUGUAGGCCUCGUCGUCGCCUCCAACAACACUGCCCUCGGGUCCACCUCCACUGCUUCUGCCUCGCCCUACGUCAUCGCCAUACAAGCCGCCGGGAUCAAAGUCUUACCCUCCAUCAUCAACGCCGCCAUCCUCACCUCCGCGCUCUCCGCAGCCAACUCCGACGUCUUCCUCACCUCUCGCACUCUCCAUUCCCUCGCCACCCAAGGCCACGCCCCUCGCAUCUUCAGAACGACCAACCGCACCGGCGUCCCAUACAUCUCCGUCAUCUUCUCCUGGUCCUUCGGUUGUCUCGCUUUCCUGGGCCUCAACUCCUCCACCGAGAACGUCUUCUUGUUCCUCGUCAACCUCACCGCUAUCUCCGGGACUAUCACCUGGCUCGUCAUCGCGGUAACAUAUACCUGCUUCCGUCGUGGGAUGGCCGCACAAGGUCUCGAUCGGGCGACUGUACUUCCUUGGAGGACGAGGUUCGGGUGGCCCGCGGCGGUGUGGGUCAUUUUUACGAUGACGGUUAUUACGGUGUUUAGUGGAUGGGAAGUGUUCAGGCCGGGGGAAUGGAGUACUUCAACGUUUGUGUCGAAUUACUUGCCCAUAUCGUGGUUUGGGGUGUUUUAUUUUGGGUAUAAGUGGUAUUUGAAGAGUCGGAUCGUGAGGCCACAUGAGGUGAGUGGCGUAUCUUUUGCGCUGCAUGAGGAAUCUAGACGAUAG